UUAAGAAUUUCGAAAGGUGGUAAUAAAUGUGUUGGUCUAGAUUUUGAAGAUAGUUUACCGACAUGGAAGAGAUGUAUUUUUAAUAAAAAAGAAGGGUAUUUAAAAUUUACUGAAGACGGAAGUUUAGCGUGCUUGAUGCGAAUAGCUGUUGAUUGUGGUG